GUCACGUAACGUCGUAUAUAAAUAAAUCCAUACUAAUAACGUGCGAAACAAACAUUAGCAUACAAAGUGAAGAAUACAGUGUCGUAAAAUACAUUUUGUUAAUCUUUCGGUGUACUAUUCUGUCCCUUUUUUUACUUUCUGUUUUCCACUAAUCUUGUAAACUCUGACGAUGUUGCGAGUGAAUGAGUACCCAAAUAAUGAUUGUAUAAGAAUUUUGGUAUAGAGGUGGUCAAGUGCAGUGAUUUCGUGUAACAAUUUGUGAUAUAUUUAUUGUGUGGAGGAUAUGUCUUGUACCAGAUUAUAAGUAGAAUAAUCUACUCGUGUUUCAACAAGUGUUAAAGGGACUUUUAGUAAAGGGUGGUCAAAGGAUGCCUAAGAACAUGACCUAGUGCCCCAUGAGUGCGGCACUCCCCUUCACGCCGACCUGACUCACACAUACACACGUACUUCAACAUGGUGCCACGUUGGUUGCUGGCCUGCUGCGUGGUGCUGCUCGCGAGACCCGCACACCCGCAGGGCGCGCAGCAGUGCCCACCGCAGAACACCAUCACCCCCUGUAGCUGUACCGUGAAGAAAAACGGCCUUGACAUACUCUGCGAGUUCACCGAACAGCAACAUAUUCAGAAGGCAAUGAAUACCUUACGAUCGAAGCCCAUGAUCAUAUUCUAUCUAAAGCUGCGACAUAAUAACCUGGCGAAAUUGCCUUCGUACAUAUUCCUGAGUCUGGAUAUCCGCCACCUCACAGUCCACAAUAGCAGCUUGGCAGUUAUUGAAGACUCGUCACUUAGUUCUAUCGGCAACAAGUUGACUCAGCUCGACGUGUCUCAAAACAACCUGGCGACGAUACCAACCUCGUCCUUCACGCAUCUUAAUCACCUGCUUAUCCUGAACAUGAAUCACAAUAAGGUGACGGCGAUACACAACAGAGCUUUCCUCGGCCUGGACACUUUGGAGAUACUAACUUUGUACGAGAAUAAAAUAUCGGUCGUAGACGGCGAGGCUUUUAAGGGCCUGGAGAAAAAACUAAAGCGCUUGAACCUCGGUGGGAACGAGUUAACAGCAGUACCGCAAAAGGCUUUAGCUUUACUUGAGAACUUGAAAAAGCUCGAGAUGCAGGAAAACCGCAUUACGACUAUUUCGGAAGGGGAUUUUGCAGGUUUACGUAACUUGGAUUCCUUGGGACUGGCACAUAAUCAACUGCGAGAGGUUCCAGCAAAUGUCUUCUCACACUUGACGUUCCUCAACUCUUUGGAACUCGAGGGCAACCAAAUUCAACGAAUUGACGAAAAGGCUUUCGCUGGAUUAGAAGAAAACCUGCAGUAUCUACGAUUGGGUGACAACCGUCUACAUGACAUUCCAUCAGAGGCUCUACGCCCCUUGCAUCGCUUACGUCAUUUGGAUCUACGUUCCAAUAACAUCACUUAUAUAAGCGAAGAUGCUUUUACAGGCUAUGGAGAUUCAAUCACAUUCCUCAAUAUGCAAAAGAACAUGGUUCAUCAACUGCCGACGAUGGGUUUUGACAAUCUUAACUCUUUGGAAACACUCAACCUACAGAACAAUAAGCUUCAGCAUAUUCCCGAGGAGAUCAUGGAGCCUAUACUUGAUACGCUGCGAGUGGUUGAUAUUAUGGAUAACCCGUUGAUUUGCGAUUGCGAUCUGGCAUGGUACGAAUUCUGGCUGGCUGGUCUCCGCGAACGAGAUGACGAGAUGAUGCAAAAGAAGCGCACCAUUUGCACCAUGGUAAGCGAACACCGAGAGUACAGUGUGGCGAAAAUGCCCCUGGACAAAAUGAAUUGCUUAAGAAAACCGGGUCAUGGAGGACGCAGCAGCGUUUCCAACACAUGUCCAAUUUUAGCAACUAACGUUGCUUUCGCUGUUAUCGUUAGGUUAUUCUAGAGUAUUUUAUUAUGUACCCAAUUCAGUUACCCUGUUAUGUUAAACGAAGGGUCCCCAUCGAGUUAGCUGUGGCCGGAUAUCUCGGUGUCGGAUUCUUCGUGAAUUUGAAAAUUCUGUUCGAUAUAAAAGUGAUGAAUUUGUUCAAUAAUAUACGAUACAUAUCAAUUUUUGGCUGAUUACAAAAUUAGUAUUUUGGAAUGGCAACUUGUGAUAAGUAAGGACUUUAUGAAGGCGUGAAUUAGUGUGAUACACUAUGUAUUUUUAAAAUUAGAAGACCUUUACGGUAGGUAUGCCUUACUUUAGAAUAAUACCAGCCAAGUUGUAGGUGAAGCCUUUGACAAUUAAUUCGAUGAAAAUCUAGAAGCUAUGUAUAAACCAUCUUCGACUUUCAAAAGACGGAUAUUUUUAAAGUUUUCGAGCUGAAAUAUUACACGCAAUACAAAUUGAUUUUUCAAAUUUCAUCUUUCAUCCAAAUGGAAACUCUAAUUAUUUUAUUACUAACCCUGCCUUUUCUAUGUUUACUCUCGUAAUAUGAUGUAAUACUAAGCUUUUGCGCAUUUACCAUGUUGACUAUUCAAUAUUUAUCUGUAUACUCGUAAGUACGUGUAUAUGGGGCUCCUAUAUUUACCAAAUAUUUAAAUUACAUUUAAAGUUUUCCACUUUCCAAAUGUUUCCUUGUAAUAAUUCUACCUCUCGUUUAUUAUGAUUACUGUGUUAGCUUAGUUAUAAAAGAUUAUAAAGUAAAAGUUAUUUAUUAGAGCCCCUAAAUGUUCGAUGUAGAUUAGUUAUAAAUAGUUAAGAGUUAGCUAUAUUAUCAAUAUAAAUUUUAUGCAGUUGGAAGUUAAUUAGCAUUAUUAAUAUUUGUUUCAUUGUAUCGACUCGACAGUUUUAAGUGUUAUGAAAGUUGUAGUUAUUUUUUUUACUUGAAACUCGUGGACUAAAACUUGAAUGAAUGGUCGAGCUACAUUUUAUUUUAUAUUUUUUUAUUUAAAGUUUUUAUUUAAGUUCACAAUUAUGUUGUCUCAGUAAGAGACUUUA